GACCGGGCAGCAGCAGCGGCAGGUUCAGUCCGGGUUUACCCCACACUCACCCCCCACCUGUUGAAUAUUCACACGGAGGGCCGAGUCACUGUCGAAGAACAGAGUCAAAGCGGUGCACAGGUAAAGGUAGGAAAGGAGGAAGGAAACAAGGAAGGAAGGAAGGAUAGAAGGAAGGAAGGAAGAAACCGAGGAAAGGAGGAAGUGAAUGAGGACAAGUCGACCGUUGGGCUCAACAGGUUAGCUACUUCAAUGUUGUAGCAGCGGCUCGGACUUUUUUCUCUCUCUCCACGUCGAAAAAAAAACAAACGAAGACAACACAAAGAUGCCGCUGGGACCAUGGAGGAAGAAAAACAAGUCGACGAAGGAGCAUUUGGUGGAAAACGAGGAGGUGAGCGGCGGACACGCAGGUGCCGGGAGCCUGAGUAAAUCCGCCGUGAACGGAGCCGGACUCCCGCCUCCACCUGCCGAGCUGCGGCCGAAACUGGUGUUCCACACGCAGCUGGCUCACGGCAGCCCGACCGGCAGGAUCGAGGGCUUCACCAACGUCAAGGAGCUGUACGCCAAGAUAGCAGAGGCGUUUAACUUCAGCCCACCUGAGAUCCUGUUCUGCACCCUCAACACCCACAAGAUCGACAUGGAGAAGCUGUUGGGGGGCCAGAUCGGCCUCGAGGAUUUUAUCUUUGCCCACAUUAAAGGGAUCAAAAAGGAAAUAGAAGUCCAUAAAUCUGAAGACGCUCUGGGACUCACCAUCACUGACAAUGGAGCGGGAUACGCUUUCAUAAAGCGAAUCAAAGAGGGCAGCGUCGUGGACAAGGUGAAGGUGAUCUGCGUGGGCGACCACAUAGAGUGCAUUAAUGGACGCAACAUCGUCGGCACGCGGCAUUAUGAGGUCGCCCGUAUGCUCAAAGAGCUACCCAGAGACCAGUCCUUCACCCUCAAACUGGUCGAGCCGAUGAAGGCCUUCGAAAUGCUCGAGCCGAGGUCAAAAGGCGCCAAACCUGCCAACGACAACAAGGUCGGUACUGGAAAGGGAACUCUGAGACUUCGCUCCAAAGGUCCAGCUACUGUAGAGGAUGAGCCGACAGAGUUCGAGGAGAAAGCUGUCAAGAAAGUAGACGACCUUCUGGAGAGCUACAUGGGCAUCAGAGACACUGAACUUGCUGCUACGAUGGUCGAGGUCGGCCGUGACAAGAAGAACCCGGAUGAAUUCGCCAUGGCGUUAGACGAGACCCUCGGAGACUUCGCCUUUCCCGACGAGUUCGUCUUUGACGUCUGGGGCGCCAUCGGAGACGCCAAGCAGGGAAGACUUUAAGUCUGCUGCUGCCCCGCACAUACAUUCACCCAUAAAUAACCACCCCUUCCCGAAUUCACCUCCUAAUACCCUCAGAAGCCAACUGGACAAACUUCAACCAGCACUGUCGGGGUGGCUGAAGUGUUCUUACCAUCACUUUGUUCUUAGGCGUAGCUUCGCUCUUGGCUCGAGCGUCUCUAAGCGCUGACUUAAGUCGAGUGUGUCUCCGCAAGGAAUUUAGCAUGUCAGCGCUUUGGUGUAAUCUUGUAAAGAUAUCCAUGAAAUGUGGAAUGCAGUUUCCAGCACAGGACCUGCCUCCAGCGUGCUGAAGAGUUGGUGAUUAAUCCCAGAUGUUGUAUCAACCUUUUGUACGCCACCUCGGAGACACAAUAGCUGCAUUUAAAAGCUCAUGAUGCUGUUUGUCAGUCAGAACAGCAAGUCUAGUCAACAGGGGUCUGUCACACUGGUUAGAAAUGGUACGUGCACAACCUUAAAUUUAAAAGUUUUGAUCACACUUUAUAGCUGUGUAAUUUUGAAUAUAGAGAUGUACUACACAGCUUUUUAUAGUCUCUUUUUUUAUAUGUGAAAGUGCUGCUGAUUUUACAGCAGCAGCAUUGUGUAAUUAGCGUAAUUAUAGCAAUUGUAGCAAUAUUUCUCUCUCCAGCUACCUUGUUAUUUCUUUUGAGAUCUUUCAAAUGAUAGAAAAACGUCAGCUCCGGCCACGUUGCUAAUCAUGUUUUCCUCUCUGUGCCUGAGCCUUCAUCCAUCAGAGAGACUGAGCAACACACAGAGUUUUGUGUUUUUCCUCUAAAUGCCUUUAGCCAAGUUGACGACACACAUUCCUUAAGUUUCUCCGUUCCUUUAGUCUGUUAACAUGUCAAGAAAUGAGUCAUAUGUAGAAAUGCACGGCUUAUUUUUUUUUUCUCCCCCUCCUGUAAUUUAUUUUAUCAUGAAAAAUCAUUAUGCUGCAAGACAUUUUACAGAGACGUGGCUCGGCAUGAAAGCCACUCUGUGUCUGGAACGGGAUCAACUGCAAUCUGAUGUCUUAAAUAAAUGCACUUGCAUUGAUGUAACUGCACUAUCUCACUGUCAAACUGAAUUUAAAAUAGCGACUUGAUUCAUGUCCUCCUGCGGUAACUGUUUGCGGCAGUUGCGUAUCGUUUGACAAACCAUAAGGGAUCACUACUGUGCAUAUACAAUAAAAUUUGAUAUACUGUUA